CCGUGUCUUCCUCUGAGCAGGCCAUGUCUUCCUCUGAGCAGGACAUGUCUGCAUGAGGUUUCCAUUCUGUUAGCUUGUUUACUGUCUGUUUAUGAAAACACAUCAGCUCUGCCUGCGUCAUUCUUAUGAUACAUGAAUACAAACUGAUGCUGCGGUUACUGUGAGGGAAAAAAUUCAAGUGUUCGUUCUUGACUAACCAAUUAUGUGUUGUGGGCCACAUCCAGUAUAUAUUUAAAAUCAAGCCGGUGGCCAUUUAAAAUAAGUCUGUGGACAACAUUCGGCCCCUGGGAUGGACUUUGGACAUGCCUGGUCUAAGCUCAUGUCUUUUGUGUUUGCAGUCAGCCAAUGAGAACAGUUGCAGUCCUUGGAGGGGGGAUUGGGGGUUUGGCAGCAUCUUACUACCUUUGCAAGAGCCCCCAGGUUACAAAGGUCAUUGUAUUAGAGUCCAGUAGUCGAUUUGGAGGCUGGCUGUGGUCCACCAGAAGGUCAGAUGGGGCGGUGUUUGAACAUGGACCCAGAGGGAUUCGACCUGCUGGGGCGGUGGGACGCAACACACUCAAUAUGGUGGAUGACCUGGGUCUUGGGGGGGAGCUUCUUCCAGUCACCUACAGUGAUGUCGCCUCCAAGAACAGAUAUCUGUACGUCAACAAAGAGCUGCACAGGAUGCCUGCAGGGAUCAG